CCGUCCCCUGUCCUCCGACCCCCCGGCCCCCGGUCCCCAGUUCGAGAGCCCCUCGUUGUUGGACGUAACUUCAUGACGAUCUCAUCAACCUCGCCAUCAUCCAGAUAUCGCCAACCACCAUCCUCGACAAGAUGACCUCCCGAGCGUUUGACGAAGAGGAACUCUCCAUGUCCUUAUCCCCUUCCAUGAUCCGACCGAAAAACAAUGGAGCUCGAAUACCCGAGAUUAACGUCACACACCCAACCGCCGACGGCUCCAGCGGCAGGUCUCGAGCCGGUAGCAUACUUUCCGACCAGGCGUCGCAGAACCGAGAAAAGAACAGAACCGACCAGCGAAUCGGCGCUUAUAACAUUAUCAGAACACUGGGUGAAGGCUCUUUCGGAAAGGUGAAGCUGGCUGUCCAUAGGUCGACUGGCCAGAAGGUCGCACUCAAAAUCAUCGCCCGUAAGAAGUUAAUCAGUAGAGACAUGGUUGGUCGCGUCGAGCGAGAGAUCGAAUAUCUACAGUUGCUUCGACAUCCCCAUAUCAUCAAGCUAUACACUGUGAUUAAGACUCCAGCCGAGAUUAUAAUGGUCUUGGAAUAUGCCGGUGGCGAGCUGUUUGACUAUAUCGUCAAGCAUGGCCGACUGCCUGAAGAUCAAGCGCGGAAGUUCUUCCAGCAAAUGAUAUGCGCCGUCGAGUAUUGCCACAGGCACAAAGUAGUACAUCGAGACUUGAAACCCGAAAAUUUACUUCUCGAUGAUAAUCUCAACGUGAAGAUUGCCGAUUUCGGUCUGAGUAAUAUCAUGACAGACGGGAAUUUCCUCAAGACCAGCUGUGGUAGCCCCAAUUAUGCAGCCCCGGAGGUUAUUAGCGGGAAGUUGUAUGCUGGGCCGGAAGUUGAUGUGUGGAGUUGUGGUGUCAUCUUGUAUGUCUUAUUAGUCGGCAGACUUCCUUUCGACGACGACCAUAUUCCCAGUUUAUUCUCAAAAAUCCAGCGGGGUGUCUUCACAGUCCCUCACUGGGUCCCCGCCGACGCGGCGAAUCUUAUCCGAAAGAUGCUGCAGACUAAUCCCGUGCAACGUAUUAUCAUCGACGAUAUCAGACUGGAUCCUUGGUUCAUGAAGGAGCUUCCCGCCUAUCUUGCCCCGCCUGUCGAGGAAUUCUUCAACACUGGUGUUGACCCUAACAGGGCCAUCAGACCAAGUGAUAUUGCGCCCCAUGCCCCUCCUAAGGUUCAGGAGAAACUUCAUGACGAAGUAACGGAGAAGAUUAGUAAAACGAUGGGUUAUGGAAGACGUGACGUUCAGGAAGCCCUCGAAGCUGAUGAACCCUCUGCCAUUAAGGAUGCGUACAUGAUCGUCCGUGAGAACAAGCUCAUGCAGGUAAACCGUAUAGAUAACCCUUACUUUGCCACGUCUCCUCCCACUACGGAUGCCGAGGAACAAAUGCGUAGUGUCUCGGAGGCUAUGGGUAAUACGGUCCUAGACAGUCGGCGGAAUUCUCAAACGGAGUAUAUGAGCGAGUCGCAAGCUAGCCCCCUGGCCGAUUCUGCCCGUUCUACCAGCUCGACAAUUACCAGCUCGUCUCCCCGAGGAUAUGUAAGUCACGUCGGAGUAUUACCAACAAGUCUCCCUUCGCUACACAAGAAGUAUCUUGAACGGCAGAAUGCUGGCGUCGAAGAACCGUUAGAUGUUCAACCAGUUCCCGACGUUCCUCUUCAGCCUAGAACGCCUGCUGAGCAGCAAGAAGCGGCUCGCCGCCUUAAGCCUCAUUCUAAAAGCGCUAUGAGACUUGAUGAAUCAACCCACCCGCAAACAAUGACCCCAGUUGCACCCAAGAGAACCAAACAGGUUCGUUGGCAAUUCGGUAUAAGGUCCCGAAACGCUCCUUUUGAGGCCUUAUUGUGCAUCUACAAGUCUUUGUCGAAACUUGGCGCUACUUGGGUCGUAGACGAGGACUAUGAGAAAGUGCAUGGCUCAGAAUCGGACCCGUAUGCAACCCGAACACCAAAUGAAGGAGACGGGCAUAAUCCGUACGAGAACUUGUCACCCGACGACAUUGACCUAGAGAAGUUUGACCCUAUCAAAUACUACAGGCUACCCGCCGAUCCUUGGCAUAUAGUUUGCCGUUGGAAAAAAGAUGAUAUCCGAAAGAAAUCAGUCGCUUCUGGUCAUGCCACUGCUGACUCGAUCUCCGAUGACAAUACUUAUGUCUACUCCGUUAUGGACAAACGCAAACAAGACUUCGUCUGGAUGCGAAUGGAAAUCCAAAUUUAUGAAAUGGACCCAAAAGAUAAGGUCUAUCUCGUGGACUUCAAAUGUGCGGGCUACGAACGGCUCGACGGAACUCUACUAGAGGAGAAGGCCGUUAUGAGCCCCUUCCCUUUCCUCGACAUGGCAGCCAAGUUGAUCAUGCAGUUAGCGGAGGCUGAUUAGAAACACCCUCCAAGAGGAGCAUCUGGCUCUUACUUGAAUUUGCUGACGAUGGAACCAUCACCAACCUCAAGGACUGUUACAGUUCGACUAUCUUACAUUUUCGAUGAUACUUUUGAAUCGGCAUACCGAUUCUGACGAAAUUGGUGAAUUACUUGGCCAUAAAACACGACCAAGGGGGCCCGGGCUUAAUUUAGGCAUCAAGCUUUCCUUCUCUUCCUACGAAUUUAUUCCAUUACUUUUCAUC